AUGACAUUUCUGCAACUUCUUGGGACUACUUUUUCAACUACUCGCCUCCCUGUGGGUUCCCUCUUUAUAUUUCCCCCCGGUGCCGGUGGUGGUCUCACCUCCCUUGCAGGGCGUCCGGUGCUGGCUGUGCUGAGCCCGGUAGCCCUCUAUCACCUCCCACUCUCCGUUGUCCUUCUUUAUGGGGAAGCUGACGCUCAGAACGUGGUUACACGGCUUUAUGAUGCGCAGGAUUCCGCGGACGCGUUUCUGCCUCUGCUCGGGGCUCUCUCGGGUCUUCAGUCCCUCCACCAGCUUGUCCUCCACGAUAGCGGCGCCCCGGUCGAAGAAGCCCUCCACCAUGGUGAAGAAGUUCGGGUCAUCGUGCCGGUCCACGGCUUGGCUGUAGCCGCGGUACCGAAGAGACAGAGACGCGGACGCUGCCGCUGGGAGAGCAGCGUCAACGGCAGCGGCACCAACGGCUCCAACGGCAGCAGCGGCGGCGCUGCUGCUUCCCGCUCCCCGGGUAAGAAUCCCUCCGAAAACCCGGUACAUAUUCUAUGUUUUAGAAGACGUUACCCGUCGUGUGAGUUGGAUAGUGUUGGGGAAGGAAAAUGCGAGGAAGAAGUGGAGCGGGGAAUCCAAAAAGUUGUGCCGCAGCAGCGGCUCCUCCUUCAUGCCGUGCCGCCCCCUUCCUGCUGCGUGACAGACAAGAUGUGUGAGCGGCCGAAGAUCCACGUCUUCCUGGGGGCCCCCCCUCCCCCCGCUGGCCCAGCCUCGGUGUCUGAUGCUGGGGUGGAGGGCGAGGAGCGUUCCCCGGCCAGCUGGAGACACCUGGAGCUCACCUGGCGGGACGGACGCCUGAGGCCUGCCACAGGCGAAGCUGAAGCCGGGGCAGAACCAGAGACGACAUCUGGCUGCAGAUUAAUCUCUGAUCAGGAAGAUCUCCGCUCCGACGCUCGCAGAUCUGCGAGCCGAGACGCAGAGUUGAUUCCCGGACAGGAAGCGCCGUGUUCACUUUCAAUCCUCGAGUAUCUGGACAGCUGUUUCCCCGCAGAACAACCAGAACCAGAACCUGGAUCUCCACGUGGCUCCGAACCCCCGGCCACCCAGUCUCUGUCGGCCCAGACUCAGUUCCUCUCCACCUGGACGCUCAGCCAGGCGUUGAUCCUGAGAGCCAGGCAUGGCGUCCAAUCAGCAGCCAGCGGUGAGAAAACCCCGCCCAGUGGACUCUCCCAGACGCCUCCGUCCACCUCCUCCAGCACGCCGGAGCUCUUCAGCCCCGUAACGCCGUCGCUCGGAGCCUCCGCCGAACUCUUCAGCCAACCCCGCCCGACGCCGAGGGCGCAGGAAGCGGGCGUGGUCGUUGAGGCAACUGCAGACGGUGUGCUCUGCUCCCAGGAGGCCGAGCGGCAGUAGACAACGAGCGCCACGGACUCUCCGUCCAAAUCCCCAGAUUUCAAGAAAGCUCGACUCUCAGAGAACCUCGGGAAGGAAGCGUCUGUGGCGUCUAACGUGUCUGUGGCGUCUAAAGUGUCCGUGGCGUCUGUGGCACCGUCUGUGGCAUCUAAAGGGUCUGUGGCGCCAUCUGUGGCGUCUAACGUGUCCGUGGCGUCUGUGGCACCGUCUGUGGCAUCUAAAGGGUCUGUGGCGCCAUCUGUGGCGUCUAACGUGUCUGUGGCAACGUCUGUGGCGUCUGUGGCACCGUCUAUGGCUUCUAAAGUGUCCGUGGCGUCUGUGCCGUCUGUGGCGUCUGUGGUGCCUGCCGACAGCGGGCUCCAAGGUCCCACCACCCUCCUGCUCCGCUGUGACAAACGGGGCGUUAGGUACUCAGUUCUGGUCGCCGUGGUUCACCCCUGUUACCUGAAGGAGGUCAAGGUGAAGUCCGGGCCGGCUGCAGGCAGCUCGGUUCCUCUGGCGUCUGUCGUGGUAACGGACCAAUCAGCUGUUGAGAUGAAGGUGGUGCUGUGGCGGCGAGCGGCGUUCUGGGCGCUGACCGUCAGUCCCGGAGACAUUCUGCUCAUCACCGGGCUGCAGCUGAAUGAGGACCGGUGGAGAGGAGAGACACUGCUGCAGUCAUCCUUCAGCAGCAAACUGCUCAACCUGGGACAGAUCACGGCCUGCAGCUCUCCCCCAGCUCCUCAGCAUGUUAACACCCUCUCUCUCAGCUCUCUGUGUGGUUUUCUCCGGGAGCGGCGCCCUCUGCUGGUGUCUCUGAAGCCCCGCCCCCUUCAGGACCUGAACCGCCUCCCGUACGCCGCCCUGAGGGCGCUGAGGGUCAACACGCUGGUUCACGCCCUGCUGCGUGUCACGCACACACACGUCAGCGCAGCGUGGCGGAGUGAGGCGGAGUCUCGCUGCCGGUCGGCGGUUCAGCUGCAGGCGGUCGUGACGGUGGAGCAGCCCGACGGCCAGCAGGCGGCGCUGCUGCUGUGGGGGGGAGCCGUGGACUGGCUGCCUCGCUUCAACAGAGACAGAGCGGCGGUCUGGGACUUCCAGGUCCUCCUGGUGAGGGAGGGUUUGACCUCCGACCUCCCGGAGCUGCACUCCACCCCCUGGAGCUCCAUCCGGCCUGUGGACCCCGCCGACCGCCGGGCGCACAACUUCCUCCGACCGCGACCCGUCCCAACGGGAACCAGCGGCGGCGGCAGUCUGGAGCUGGACGUAGACACGCUGCUGUCUCAGAAAUACAGCGGUGACGUGGAGCUGAGAGUCCAGAUCAUCGCCUUCCAAUUCCGGGUCUCUCCGCCUUCCCAGAAUGCACCUCAGCCGGUCCUGGACAGCUCAGCGUCGCUGGACGGUAUCCUGGCGGCACUGAGCGGUGACAUCACCUACACCGGCUGCGGCCGCUGCGCCGCCGAGCUCGACACGGACGCCAACGGCAUCUACGGCCCGUGUUACCCAUGCCUGCCCAUCACCGCCGUACGCCGCUACUACAGGCCAGGUGUGCUGACGGUGAGUGGGCGGAGCAGCAGGCAGGUGUUUGUUCAGGUUCCUCCCGUUUCGCUGCAGAAGAUCCUCGAAGCUCCGCCUGAUAAACUCCACAGGAACUCAGCUCCAGGUUCGGAGGUGAAGCAUGUCCAGCUGGCAGCCGAGCGGAUCCAGACCCUCCUCUCCCUCCCAAGGAAAACCGUCGCCAUCACGGUCCACAGCCACUUCCUGUGCGAUGAAAACAGCGUCCCCAUCGACCAGGACAUCACGCUGCUGGACCUCCAGUUCCCCCGCUGACGCCCAGAACAGAUCCUCAGUGUGUUGGACCAUUGACCGUUCCCUAAACCCUUUCCCAAACACCAGUUGUCCAAUCAGAGUUUAGCUUUGCAUUUCUUUUUUUUAUUGAGUUUAUCAGGGCAACGCAUUCUCAUGAACGGGUUCGUAUGAUAUCGUACGAAAAGUUAUGCACACUAAAACGUAUAUAUCAUAUGAAAUCUAAGAGACCGCUGGACGGUCACUUGACAUUGACUACAGAGAUCCAUGACGCUGAGCGGCAGUUGCUAGCUGUUUAAGCCGCUACAGAGCUUCCUGCUGCCGGCUACAGAGCUUCCUGCCACCGGCUACGGGGCCUCCUGCCGGGUGCUACGGGGCUUCCUGCCGGGUGCUACGGGGCCUCCUGCCAGGUGCUACGGGGCUUCCUGCCGGGUGCUACGGGGCUUCCUGCCGGGUGCUACGGGGCCUCCUGCCGGGUGCUACGGGGCUUCCUGCCGGGUGCUACGGGGCUUCCUGCCGGGUGCUACGGGGCCUCCUGCCAGGUGCUACGGGGCUUCCUGCCGGGUGCUACGGGGCCUCCUGCCAGGUGCUACGGGGCUUCCUGCCGGGUGCUACGGGGCCUCCUGCCAGGUGCUACGGGGCUUCCUGCCGGGUGCUACGGGGCUUCCUGCCGGGUGCUACGGGGCCUCCUGCCGGGUGCUACGGGGCCUCCUGCCGGGUGCUACGGGGCUUCCUGCCGGGUGCUACGGGGCCUCCUGCCAGGUGCUACGGGGCCUCCUGCCGGGUGCUACGGGGCCUCCUGCCGGGUGCUACGGGGCUUCCUGCCGGGUGCUACGGGGCUUCCUGCCGGGUGCUACGGGGCUUUUCUCAUGGAAAAAGAUCUGUGACUUCUGCUUUUUUGAAACUCCUCAAAUCUCUGAAAACAAAUCUUACCUUAUGAUGUGUUGUAUGAAUUGUUUCGGUGCUUGAAAUGAGUUUACUAAAGUCUUUAGGUUAUAUCAUUAUGAUUAAAGUAGUAAAUAAAUGUCUGAAAGGAAA